AUGUCUUCGUCAGCAGAAAUCAUACAGAUCUUAUCUGAUCUGCUCAACAACAAGACGCCUCUUAGCAGUAAGACUUUGAUCCCGGAAGCGUUUGCCCGAAUCGUCAAAGAAGAUGCCAACUUGUUCCCCACCAUAGCUCCUAUUAUCACCAACAUCUUACAAGCUCCAGACUACUACUUGAUUGAUCCCGAGAUAGUCAUUGUCACUGUAUUAGAGGUACUUAUCAAGUCUGUUGAAUGCGAGCAGUUCUUGCAGUACUAUCCUCUUCCAUUUAUCCUCCAAGCAUUAGACUCGCCAUUGAGCUCGUUGAAUGUGUUGGCAGUGGAGGUGCUUAGCCGGAAAAUUGAGUCAGGAGACAACGACUUCUUGGACAAUAACCCCCAAGUAAUCGACAAGAUCUUCCUGCGGUAUUUCACGACGUCAGAUAACGACAAUGAUAGCGGGCAAUUAGGUGUACUCAGUAAGAUUGAAGGCUUACUAUCACAAAUUGCAAGACUCGAUGUUAACACAGUUAAGAGUCAACUUUUGCCUAAAGACAAGUUAGACUUCUUGCAGGCAAUUAAGCUGCGAAAUGAUAUAUUGAGUAUCCGGAUGAUAAAUUUUAUACUAGGUUUACUCCCCAAGUACUUCAAAGAAAUCCCUAGUGAUUUAUAUACUUGGCCCCUAGAGUUUCUUCAAAGUCACGAUGACGUCCUAUUGGUAGCUGGCAUCCUUGAGUUUAAUAAGCAACUUUUGGGCAAAAUAGAUCUUGAUGAAACCGUGCCCUCGAAAGUUCUAAGAACUUUCCAAGAUAUAAUCACGUUGUAUUUGGACAAUGUGGCCACGGAAAACUUCCAAUUCUUCACAUCAUUGUUGGUUGAGUUGAUAUGCACCAUGGCCAGACAGUGCAUGGUACCUCCAAUGAACGAAGCCCGACAUCAAAUUACUUCCUUUGUGAAGGAAAUCGAACUCUGUAAGGUUUCAAAUAUGCGUCUUGAAUCAACAGAUGAUUUUGAUUAUCAAUUGAUUUCGUCAAUUGAUGCAAACUUCUUACAGUUAGUCAAUCCUAAUUUUGUUGCUGAAUUCUAUGGUGGUGAUUUUGAUGAUUUCUAUCUGAAACUGAAAGUUGGUAUAACCUUGAACCUACUACGCAAUGAAUCUUUCUUCGAUCAAAUUAAAUCGCAUUUGACACCAGAAAUUAUUAAAUCGGUACCUUCACUUGAUCUUGCAUAUCGUCUUAUCACCGUCCUAAGUGUGUGUCCCCAUACAUACAAGUUUCUUUUACAUUCCCUUCCGUCUAUAGUGGUAGGAUAUCUUAUAAAUGCUCCUUCGGAGAUUAGUGAUAAGGAAAUAUGGAGCUUGAGAGUGUUAUCACUUGAAACCUUACUACAUGGAUUCCCUCCCAGAGAGUUAGAUGGUUGGAGAAAUGAAUUAGAGGAAUCAUUACUCUUAAUGAAAUAUGGCAGAAAUAUCAAGAAUAUUAAUCCAAGUGUGGAUAUUGCUCAUGAAACAUUAUGA